AUGGCAAAAUAUAAGGCUUGCAUUCUCGGACUUAGGAUGACAGUAGACAUGGAUAUCAAAGAGUUGUUGGUGAUAAGAGACUCAAAUUUGUUGAUCCAUCAGGUACAAGGAAAGUGGACAACCAAGAAUGUCAAAAUCUUUCCUUACAUACAAUGCGUUAAGGAGCUGAGUAAAAGGUUUACAAAGAUUGAAUUCAAGCAUGUCCCUCGAAUUCAAAAUGAGUUCAUCGAUGCCUUGGCGAUGAUAUCCUCUAUGAUCCAGCAUCCAGAGAAGAAUUACAUCUAUACCAUCAAGAUAAAGAUACACGAUCAACAUGCAUACUGUGUUCAUAUAGAUGAAGAGCCAGAUGAAAAGCCAUGGUACUACGAUAUCAAGAGAUUGCUCGAAGUAGGGGAAUAUCCAGAAAGCGCUACUGGUAAGCAGAAGAGGACUUGA